AUGGUGGUCAUCAAAAUUGAGGCCGUCACGGACCUGCUCUGUCCGUGGUGCUAUGUCGGCAAGAAGAACCUCGACCGCGCCAUCUCGCAGUACCGCGCCGUAGACCCCUCGGCCGAGUUCGAGGUCAUCUGGAAGCCCUUCUACCUGAGCCCGGCCAUGAAGAACACUGGCUACGACAAAGUCACAAUGUACAAAACCCACUUCGCCAGGUCGGGCGACCUGCCCAAAAUCCUCGCCCGCAUCACAUCCGCCUGCACCCUCGCCGGCAUAUCCCUCAACGUGACCGGCAACACCGGGAACUCGCGCCAGUCCCACAAGCUCCUCGCUCUCGCCCUCGCGAGGAACGGUCCGGAGGCCCAGGACCGCCUGCUCGAGACUCUGUUCCGGGGCCACUUCGAGGAGGGAGAGGACCUCUCGGACCGAAAGUAUCUGCUCGCGGCCGCGACGUCCGCGGGUGUGGAUCUCGACGAGAAGGAGGCGGCGGCGGUGCUGGACGACGACCGCGUCGGCAAGGCGGUUGAUGAGGCCGUGCUGGAGGCGAGGAGGGCGGGCAUCACGGGGGUGCCGACGUUUACGGUCCAGGGGAGGUGGAGAGUUGGCGGGAACCAGGAGCCGGACGUGUUUUUGAGGGUGUUUGAGAGGGUCGAGGAUGAGUAG